CGUCCCUAUGGCCGGGCAGGAGUGGGACUGGUUCCAGCGCGAGGAGCUCAUCGGGCACAUCAGCGACAUCCGAGUGCAGAACCUCCAAGUCGAACGCGAAAAUGUACAGAAGAGGACCUUUACCAGAUGGAUAAACCUGCAUUUGGGAAAGUGCAAGCCUCCUUUGAAAGUGAAAGACUUGUUUAUUGACAUACAAGAUGGCAAAAUCUUGAUGGCGCUCCUGGAAGUCCUGUCAGGACAAAAGCUGAUGCAUGAAUACAAAUCUUCAACCCAUCGCAUUUUUCGUUUGAACAACAUAGCCAAAGCACUUAAGUUCUUGGAGGACAGUAACGUAAAGCUUGUUAGCAUUGAUGCAGCAGAAAUAGCAGAUGGAAAUUCCUCUCUGGUACUUGGACUAAUAUGGAAUAUAAUCUUGUUUUUUCAGAUUAAGGAGCUUACAGGCAACCUCAACAGGAACUCCUCCUCCUCCAGCCUGUCCUCUGGGCCCAGUGGUCCAGAAUCAGACACAUCCCCCAGCACUCCCAGCGUGGAGAGAAACAUGUCCAUUACAGUGAAGGAUCAGCGGAAAGCCAUCAGGGCCCUUCUUAUCUGGGUUCAAAGGAAAACCAGAAAGUAUGGCGUUGCAGUCCAGGACUUCACAAGUAGCUGGAGGAGUGGCCUUGCUUUCUUAGCUGUCAUAAAAGCCAUAGAUUGUACGUUGGUAGACAUGAAGCAUGCACUGGAGAAAUCAGCACGAGAAAACCUGGAGGAUGCUUUCAGCAUAGCACAGAAUAAACUGGGUGUCCCUCGGCUCCUCGAACCAGAAGAUAUCAUGGUGGAGUCACCCGAUGAACAGUCAAUUGUGACAUAUGUGGCACAAUUUCUGGAGCACUUCCCAGAGCUGGAAGGGGAAGACUUUACAGAUCCUGACAAGGAGCUUCCAAUUGAAUCCACUUAUGUCCACAUCAAAGACACACCGUCAGAAAAGGAAGGCAAAAUCUUGAUUUUAAGUGAAAGUGAAGAAAGCAUGUAUACUGUUAAUCAUGAAAGGAGUCAUCCAGCUCCUCCAAAGGUCCAUAUUCAUGAUAUCCCUGAGACAAUCUCAUCAGAAACCACUUCUGAAAAUUGUAAUGGGAAACUGAAUCAAGUGCUAGACGAUUUACAGGGAAUGUCUGAAGAGGAGCCUCAAAGGCCUACCUCACUAAAAAUUACAGGACCUGUCAGUUUUGAAUCCAAUUCCUCUUGGGAGGUUCUAAAUGAUAAAUUCAUGCAAAGUGAAGUGAGCAUCUCUGAUGAUCCACUGAAACAGAAUGAUGACCUUUCUCCAGCUGUUCUGGCAAAUCAGAAAAAUUCUCUUGACUCUUUUGAAGAAUAUUCUGAAGAAUUAACUAAAGAAACUCCUACUGAAUAUGACAAUGAAACCAAGAGCCUUUCAGCCAAUACUUCUUCUUUGAGUCCAUUAUCCUGGACUUCAGGUAUACUUACAGAUGAUUCUGUUAAUAAAGUCGAAGAGAUCAAACCCCAGCCUUCAAUUAUUUUACCAGAAGAUACAUCAAAACAAGAAGAUACACAAAAGUACAUUCUGCACCUUCUAAAUGAGGAAAUACAGACACUUCCACAAGAUGAACAUACAAAGGAAUCACCUGGCCUUGAGACAAUAGAAACAAACCCUUGCUCACCGAAUGGUUCUAAUCUCGAAAGCCAAGAACUAUCUACACAGCAUGAAACAUCUGAUGACUCUCUCUCAGAUGUACCUAAAACUCCAGAGGACCUGGACAGCUGUGAUGAAGUUGAGUCUGCAGCUGAAGUGCUACCCAGUUCUUCGAAAGUAUCCGUGAUACCCCAUGAUCUCUUUUAUUAUCCACAUUAUAAUGUUCCCAUAUCAGCAGUUCUGAACGCUUACCUCGAGCCUUGUAUCGAUGCUUAUGAUACAGGAAAUGAAAAAGCUUCUGAAACAGUAACAGAUGUUUUACAUGACAAGGACUUAACAGAACAGGAGCACAAGGAAGAUGCUCCAGAGCCAGACUUGGAAAAUAAGCUAGGUACCUCUCCAUCAGAAACAGAUACUGAGAACAGUGAGGAGGAAACUACAAAAACAAGCAGUCACGUGAAUUCUUCAGAUGAAAAAGAAGUGCCAUUAAUAGUAGAAGAGUUAGAAACAGAAGAAAAUGGCAAUAAGGCCACCAACCAUGAAGAUUCCACUAUUCAACAACAUCCUGAGUUUCAACAGGCCAUCGUAGAAGAUCUGGAGGAUUUACCAAUAGCCAUAAAGACACCAGAAGAAAAUAGUAAUGGGGAGGAGGAAGAGAAAAAUAUGAUUGAAGAAGAUUUGCAGAUCUUAGAAGUUGCCUCUACUACUCUAUCACAAGAUGACCUGGAAGAAAAUGCUGAAUUCAAGGAAUUUACCAGAAGCAGUGACAGUGAUGCCAACAUUCAUCUCCGAAAAAGGUUUUCUCGUAAUGCUUCUGAGGAGGAAACCUAUGGUGUAAACGAGCAGAAGAUGACAGAUAUGGGUGAAAAUCCAUUAAUCAUCGGGAAGAAAACCGACUUGGAAGCAAGUGAGACUUCAGCACCAACUCAUGAGAUAACGAUUUUUGAGCAGCCAGAGCUAUUCUACUUUGUAAUUUUCUUCUGGGUGCUGGUUUACUGCCUUUUACUCCUUCCACAGCUUCUUAGCAACAAAGUUUGAUCUGUGUGAGAAAUAAAGGGAUGGUGGCUGGAUUGCUUUGUGUAUCUGCAUAUGAAUAUGUUUCUUCAGGUGAAGCACAAACAGAAAUCCAGGACCUGGUAUUUGUGUUUAUUAUCAGGUUGUCCUCAAUUCCGCUACUGUUGUGCUAUGACAGUGUCAAAGCACGUUUUAUAUUAUGGUAAUCAUGUAAAUAUAUAUAAAAAUUAUCUGAUUUAGUAGAUGCGAUUUUGUACAUUUGUGCCUUGCUUUAUAAGAUGCUAAAUAAAACCAGAUAAUUAUCAGUAGAGGUAUGAACAAUUCAGAGCUCUAGUCUUCAAAAAUUAUUCUUCUGGCUCCAUUUUCUUAUGUAGGGCCUGAUAGCUGUGGAAGAGGGAUGGUGUUCUUUCCUUUGGAUCUGACCACCUGCAGGGGCAAGGCUAGAAAUGCUUCUUCCCAUUUUCCAUUUGAAAGAGUUAGAGGCAGAGCAGAGCUACAGGUAGUGAAACACACAUCAGGAAUUGAUUACAGUUGCAGCAGCAAAUCCAGUGAAGCAACAAAAUCAGGUUGAGGGUUUAUUGGGGUAGGGAAGUUUGGGGGGUUUUUUUAACGAUUUAAAGUAAUUUUUAUCCUGCACUUUUUGGUAUGUUUGAUUUGCAGGAAUAAAUUGGGUAUGGAGAAAUGUGAAGAACAUACAUGCUACUGCUGCUUAGGAGACUUUAUAUGGGAAAUCUCAGGCCAGAAACUAAAGAUUUUUAAAAGCACCUCAGUAUUUCUGAGACUGCUUCUGCUUCAAUUUCUUUGCUGCUUUUACUUACAGAUCACAUAAAGAUUUCUGUCUUUUGCAGAUACAAAAAAUAAUAGGUAAGCGCCUUUGCUGAGGCUACUGUUAAGGCACUAGGGCAUGGUAAAAGAAUUAGAAAUAUAUUUUAAGUGUCCAAUUCAAUUGAGAAAGAAAUGACAGAUGUAAAACUCAGUACAGAGAAAUGCUGACAACUGGCGCAACUGAAGAGAUUCCUGUGGCUUAUC